AUGAGUACCAGCAGCAGCGCAAUGGCGUUCAUAUGUGACAGUCAAAAGGGCCAUAAACGCGGGGAGAGAGAGGCUGAAGUUUAUGGUUGCCUCUCUCCGGCAUAGUCCGGCCUUGCCUCGCCUGGCGCAUCCUUUACUGCGCGCUGGAAUUCCGUCCCUAAUUACUGGACAUCCUCCCGGUUGCUGCAGCAACGCGGCCAUAAAAUCUGUCUGAGAGUCUGGAGCAUUUGUACAAUUGGAGUGCAGUGCAAUAAACCGUCUGAGACCCAAGGUUAUCAACUCUGUUACCAAGGAGGUGAGAGCGAAGACAGGGGAGAGGACGGAUAGGAAAGGCCUCUGCUCACUGGCGGCUUCGACUUCAUUUGAGAGGGCUUUUCCCUCCUCGCAGGUUGUCCUCCUUGGAUCAGAGUAGUGGCCAUGGGGUUUGUGCUCAAUCGGAGACGCUUCUUCCUGCCACAGGGCGGCGCUGUUGAAAUCAAUGUCAUUGUCGUGGAUCUUUUUGUCUGCAAGAACUCGAACCCAGCAAAAUAA